AAACAUUAAUUCCAGCCCUCUGGGAAGUCUGUCCCGGCACUGUCCUGUCCCAAACGCAGACACCAAUGUCAGGUGUCGGGGAAAUUUUGAAAGCAGUUGGUGAUUUUGGGCGAUUCCAGAAAUGCUUGGUGUUGCUUUCUGUGAUCCCCUGCCUCAGUGUGGCAUUCCACCAGUUUUGCCAGCUUUUCAUGGUCCCGUUUGUGCCUCACCACUGUGACACCAGCUGGAUCCGCGCCGUCGGCCCCAACCUGACGGAGGAAGAGCAGCUGAACCUCACCCUGCCCCGGGGCACGGACGGGGAGUUUGAGCAGUGCUCCAUGUACUCCCCAGUGGACUGGGACCUCCAUUCCAUCGUGGCCUAUGGGCUGAAUGACACCGAGAAGUGCAUCAAUGGCUGGGUGUACCCCUCAGACCAGCCACCGUCCCUGCUCACCGAGUUUGACCUGGUGUGUGACAGGAAGGACCUGAAUGACAUUGCCCAGGCCAUCUACAUGGCAGGGCUGCUCCUGGGAUCCAUGAUCUUUGGGCCUCUAAGUGACAGGAUUGGCCGCCGCCCGGUCAUUCUGCUCUCCGUCUUCCUCCAGGGCCUGUUUGGCCUGGGAAUUGCCUUUGUGCCCCAUUUCUAUGUGUACAUGGCCUUCAGGUGUGUCGUGGGGGCCUCCGUGUCAGGGAUCACCAUGACAAUACUGGCCUUAGCUACAGAAUGGAUCGGUGUUUCCUCCCGGCCAAAGGCAGUGCUCACUUCUCACUGCUGUUUCGCCAUUGGGCAGAUGAUUUUGGCUGGUUUGAGUUAUGGGAUUCGCAACUGGAGGCUGCUGGAAAUUGCAGGAUCUGCUCCUAUAUUUGCCUUUUUCUUCUUCAUUGGGGUGCUCCCAGAGUCAGCUCGCUGGCUGGUGACCAAAGGCAGAAUCGAGGAAGCCAAGAAGGUUCUGCAGAAGGCGGCAGCCAUCAACAAGCGCAGCCUCCCACCAGAGCUGCUGGAGCAGCUGAAGCCUGAGAAAGAGGUCAAGUCUGGAAGUUUCCUGGAUAUCUUUCAGAAGAAGCACCUGCGGAAGGUGACUUUAAUCAUGUCAUGUGCCUGGUUUGUGAACAGCUUUGUCUACUAUGGGCUGAGUCUGAACGUGACAAAUUUUGGCCUGGACAUCUACCUGACUCAGCUGGCCUUUGGAGCAGUGGAAAUCCCAGCCCGUGUUGGUUGCAUCUUCAUUCUGCAGAGGUUUGGGAGGAGGAAAACGCAGGCCGUUCUCCUGGUGCUGAGUGGCCUGGUGUGCCUGAUCAUCACCGGCAUCCCUGAAGACCAGCCUGUGGCAACCACCGUCCUGGCCACCAUUGGCAAGUUUGCUGCCUCAGCCUCCUUCUCCACCUCCUACGUCUAUGCAGCCGAGCUCUUCCCCACGGUUGUCAGGCAGACGGGCGUGGGGCUGUGCUCCAUGGCUGCACGGGUGGCCGCGAUCCUGGCCCCGCUGGUCCGUCUCCUUGGGCAGCACCACCGGGCCAUCCCCAUGGCCAUCUUCGGGAGCGCCCCCGUGCUGGGGGGGCUGCUCUGUGUCCUGCUACCCGAGACCGGCGGCACCGACCUGGCAGAUGGCACAGGGGACGGCCGUCCCCCGGCUGAGGUCUGUGAAAAUGCCACCAGCGGCUCUCAGAAUGGGGAGGUGAAAGGAAAAGGUGGUGGCCAAGACAAUGAGAGCACGAAGACCACGUACCUCUAGCUGGGUCUGCAGGUGGAUAAAGGCAGCCCAGUGCUGUGGGCACUGAGGACAGGCAGGGUCUCUUCACCACAGGACACCACCAUUGCUUAGACCAUCACUGCCAAUUCUUGGGUUUCCCUGUCUCUUUUGCCUUCCUGUAUCUCCCUCUGUAGCUUGUCCUCAGGCACUGCAGGCUGUCAGUGGUGUCCAAUAGGGCUCUCACCAGAGCAAACUGGGUGCUUUUCCCUUUGAGGAAAAAGAAGAAAGAAAUCAAGAAUUAGAAUGAGGCAUUCCUCAUCAUUUUUCCUGUUACGUCUCCGGGACGAUGAGACUGUAAACUUUGUCCAGUGAAACACCCACGAGAGCACUGAGUGAACUUGCAAGAAAGAACUGGGCUGACUAACAGGAGAGCUGGAGCAGAUGCAGCACUGAAAACAACUUCACACUUGCAAGGAGUGAUUUAUCAUGACUGUCUAGCAAGAUCAUCCCAUUCUCUCAUUAAAAACACUCCCUUUUCCCUUUUCCCUUUU